UACAGUUUCACUCUCUACUCCAAACCCUAAUCUCCCUCUCUCUUCUACAUCUUUGUCUCUUACCCCUAGAUUUUUCGUUCCUUCAUCUCCAUUUAAGAAUGCGUGAGAUUCUUCACAUUCAAGGUGGCCAAUGUGGUAACCAGAUUGGUGCCAAGUUUUGGGAAGUCGUGUGUGCAGAGCACGGCAUCGAUGUCACCGGGAAGUAUACCGGAGACUCUGAACUCCAGCUCGAGAGGAUCAACGUUUAUUACAAUGAGGCUAGUGGCGGAAGGUUUGUUCCACGCGCGGUUCUCAUGGAUCUGGAGCCUGGUACCAUGGACAGUCUCAGAUCUGGUGCUUACGGACAGAUCUUCAGGCCUGAUAACUUUGUUUUUGGCCAGUCCGGCGCUGGUAACAAUUGGGCGAAAGGACACUAUACUGAGGGUGCUGAAUUGAUCGAUUCCGUUCUGGACGUCGUUAGGAAGGAGGCCGAGAACUGUGAUUGCUUGCAAGGUUUCCAAGUUUGCCAUUCCCUUGGUGGUGGAACAGGAUCAGGAAUGGGAACUCUUCUGAUAUCAAAGAUCAGAGAAGAAUAUCCCGAUAGAAUGAUGAUGACUUUCUCUGUAUUCCCUUCUCCCAAGGUUUCUGAUACAGUUGUCGAGCCUUACAAUGCCACAUUGUCUGUCCAUCAGCUUGUUGAAAACGCAGAUGAGUGCAUGGUUCUUGACAACGAAGCACUCUACGAUAUCUGCUUCAGAACACUCAAACUCACUACUCCAAGCUUUGGCGAUCUUAAUCAUCUCAUCUCUGCAACAAUGUCCGGAGUCACCUGCUGUCUAAGGUUUCCAGGACAACUCAAUUCCGACUUAAGAAAACUUGCUGUGAAUCUGAUUCCAUUCCCGCGUCUCCACUUCUUCAUGGUCGGAUUCGCCCCUCUCACCUCCCGUGGGUCCCAACAAUACCGUGCACUAACCGUCCCGGAACUCACCCAACAAAUGUGGGACUCCAAAAACAUGAUGUGUGCCGCCGACCCCCGCCAUGGGCGCUACCUCACCGCUUCCGCCAUCUACCGUGGUAAAAUGAGCACCAAAGAAGUCGAUGAACAAAUGCUGAAUGUUCAAAACAAGAACUCUUCAUACUUUGUGGAGUGGAUCCCAAACAAUGUGAAAUCAACUGUUUGUGAUAUCCCUCCAACAGGGUUGAAAAUGGCAUCUACUUUCAUUGGGAAUUCGACUUCCAUUCAGGAGAUGUUUAGGCGUGUGAGUGAGCAGUUUACUGCUAUGUUUAGGAGGAAGGCUUUCUUGCAUUGGUACACUGGUGAAGGUAUGGAUGAGAUGGAGUUUACUGAGGCUGAGAGUAAUAUGAAUGAUUUGGUGUCGGAGUAUCAGCAGUAUCAAGAUGCAACUGCUGAUGAAGAGGGGGAAUAUGAGGAGGAAGAGGAGUAUGAAGAGGAGGCGUAGUCUGUUGUAUUAUGUGGGUAAUGUGUAUUAUGUGGUUGUAAUCUCAACUACCAUUUAUCAUAUUUCUAGUUGUUAGCUGUGGAAACAAUUUAAAAGAAAGCAGAUGUUUAUGCUAUGAAUUACUGGGUGAUUUUUGUUCCACCUAAAGAAUCUUGGGUUACUGUUUAAUAUGGUUUGAUUUAUGUUUGCGUAA